AUGGUUCAGUCAUCAACACAUGGAAGGAUCCAUGACUUCCUCUACACCCUCCGAGACCACCAAAACUGGGAUCACCAACACCACCUGAUGGCCCUAUCAAUAUGCUAUUCAAUAACACAAAUACAGGAUGGAAUGAAGAUAAGGAAUAUCCUCCUAUCUCAACAGAAACAUAUAUCAUGGCUAAGUAGUCUACGUUAUGCUCGAGAUGAUUAUAAUGAAUGGCAGGACACGGUAAAACAAGUUCAAGAGCAAGAAAGUUCGCAACCAAACACCCAUCAAGGUCCUCGACAGAUGGAUACUAACAAAGAAACAAGAUCGAAAAGUGGCUGGAUACUAAGUAAUACACAUGGAGAAUUUUACAAUGCUGCCCAAACACAAGGAGAUAGAGUUCAAACUCCCUUUGAGAGUGAGUUACAAGCUUUACUACUACAUAUGCAUCAAUGUCGAGACAAAGGGUAUAGAAAGGUUAUAUUUGAAAGAGAUUGUCAACGAGUUGUGACUGCAGUAACAAGAAAAAGUUUACACUUCAAGGCUCAUAAUUGGAACCGAGAUAUAAGAUGGUGGGCAAUGAUGAAGCCAAGUUCACAUGGACAACAAAAUAUUCGAACAAAGCGCUGCAGAUAUAUUGGCGAAGUCACCUUUACGAGAUGGAAUCACAUCUAA